CCCUAACCGCACUAACCUACCCACCAGUCAUUUCACCCUCUAUAUAUAACCUUUUCCCCUAAACCCUAUUUCAUCGUUCACGUUUCUUCUACAAUCAACUGCUACUUCUUCAUCCACUCUCACUCUCUCAACAACCAUGGGCAAGAUCAAGAUCGGAAUUAACGGAUUCGGAAGGAUCGGGCGUUUGGUGGCCAGAGUUGCUCUUACCAGAGACGAUGUUGAACUUGUUGCUGUUAACGAUCCAUUCAUCACCACCGAUUACAUGACAUACAUGUUUAAGUAUGACAGUGUUCACGGUCCAUGGAAGCACCACGAGGUCACUGUCAAGGACGCUAACACCCUUCUCUUUGGUGAUAAGCCAGUCACUGUAUUUGCAAACAGGAACCCAGAGGAGAUCCCAUGGGGUCAGACCGGAGCUGAUAUUGUUGUGGAGUCCACUGGAGUUUUCACUGACAAGGACAAGGCUGCUGCCCAUUUGAAGGGUGGUGCCAAGAAGGUUAUUAUCUCUGCCCCCAGCAAAGAUGCUCCCAUGUUUGUUGUAGGUGUUAACGAGCAUGAGUACAAGCCAGAGCUUAACAUCAUUUCCAAUGCUAGCUGCACAACCAACUGCCUUGCCCCCCUUGCCAAGGUUAUUAAUGACAGAUUUGGCAUUGUUGAGGGUUUGAUGACCACUGUUCAUUCCAUCACUGCCACUCAGAAGACUGUUGAUGGGCCAUCCGCAAAAGACUGGAGAGGUGGAAGGGCUGCCUCAUUCAACAUCAUUCCCAGCAGCACUGGAGCUGCUAAGGCUGUUGGCAAAGUGCUUCCUGCUUUGAAUGGAAAAUUGACCGGGAUGGCAUUCCGUGUUCCUACUGUGGAUGUCUCAGUUGUUGACCUCACAGUCAGACUGGAGAAGGCUGCCACCUAUGAUCAAAUUAAAGCUGCUAUCAAGGAGGAGUCUGAGGGCAAAUUGAAGGGAAUCCUCGGUUACACUGAAGAUGAUGUGGUCUCAACUGACUUCAUUGGCGACAACAGGUCAAGUAUCUUUGAUGCCAAGGCUGGAAUUGCUUUGAAUGACAACUUUGUCAAGCUUGUCUCGUGGUAUGACAACGAGAUGGGAUACAGCACCCGUGUGGUUGACCUGAUCGUGCAUGUUGCAAAAUCUCUUUAAGGUGUUGGUGCUGCAAAGUGACCAACUGGCUUAAGUGUGUUUCUUGCAAUGUAUCUCGUUCAAGUUACGCUUCUUGACCUUGACCGAUUGAAAUGUCAGUAAUAAAUUGGUUUCUCGAACUCAUGAAGUUGCUCCAUGAUGAGCGUUAGUUUUUUGGUUGCUUAAUACAUUGAGGGAUCAACUGUUUCAGAUUUUUACGUAUUUUUGAGUAAUCGGCUUUUUGUUAAUGUGAUAAUAGAUGGUUUUCAUCA